AUAGUAAGAGCUGUCGGGAAGACCUGAAAGUAGCCGGGGAAGGUGGAGAGGAAGGGGUCGGCUUGCUUGGACAGUGGGCAAAUAUAACACAGUAGCAUGCCAGCAUUACCACUAGAUGAGCUCCAGUUUACUGAGAAGGAUUUGCUGACUGGGAAGCUGAAAACUUUACCAGCACUGCAUCCAGAAAAGAAAACAGAACGCUCUUUUGUGCUCUAUAAGCCACCACCUAAAGCCAGAGAUCCUGCACUGCUGGAGGAGUUCUUAGAACGGGCCAAGUUCAUCGCAGAUGAUCUGGAUUGGCUUUUGGCUCUGCCUCAUGAUAAAUUCUGGUGUCAGGUAGUUUUUGAUGAGACACUCCAGAAAUGUUUGGAUUCAUACUUGCGCCAUGCCCCUCGCAAGUUCGACAAGGUAGCAGAUUCGCCUCCAGAAGUGAAUGACUUAAUGGAGCACCUUCAUCGGAAUGUUUUCCUAACUUUCCUCCGAAUGUCCACUCACAAGGAAUCCAAAGAUCAUUUCAUCACACCAUCUGUUUUUGGAGAAAUCAUUUACAAUAACUUCUUGUUUGAUAUUCCCAAAAUUCUGGAUCUGUGUGUGCUCUACGGAAAAGGCAACAAUGCUCUGCUCCACAAGAUGAUUGAAAACAUCUUUAUUCAGCAGCCAAGCUACUUCAGUGACUUAGAUGAAACGGUGCCUACAGUUCUUCAGGUAUUCAGCAACAUUCUCCAUACGUGUCGCUUGCAAUGUGAAGGAGCCUCUGCUAAGCCACAGAAACUAGAGGAAAAGAUCAGGAUGACUCCUGGGGAUAUGCCUCUGAAGGAGCUGAUGGACAUUGUGCUGUACUUGUGUGAUACGUGUAUCACCCUUUGGGCCUUUCUGGAUGUGUUUCCAUUGGCUUGCCAAACAUUCCAAAAGCAUGACUUCUGUUACAGGCUUGCUUCUUUUUAUGAGCUGGUGAUACCUGAACUGGAGUCUGUAAUUAAGAAGAGAAGACAUGAGGACAGCAGCUUAAUGCUGGACAUGUGGAGGAGGCUGUCUCAUUCAAGAAAGAAGGUGGUGGAAGUUUUCCAUAUUAUUGUUAACCAGCUGUGCCUUCAGCCUAUCUUGGAAAACAGCUAUGAUAAUGUUCAGCCUUUUAUUGAAGAGUUCCUUCAGAUCUUCACCUCAGUGCUUCAGGAGAGGAGGUUUCUCCGUGACUAUGAUGAGUUGUUUCCUGUGGCAGAUGAUGUGAGCCUCCUCCAGCAAGCCUCCUCCAGUUUGGAUGAAACCCGGACAACUUACAUUCUGAAAGCUGUGGAAGGUGCCUGGGAGGGAGUAGAUAGGAGGAAAGAAACGACGAAAGGCCCAUCCAUGCCAGAAGAAACAGCUGGAACUUCAGCAACACCGCCCAGCAGCAACAAGGGGCUGGAGAGGCUCAUAGAAGAUCCUGUAGAGUGUGCUGGAGCAGCUGUGAUGCCAUCAGCCAGGGUCUCCGGGGUAGAGCUGGAUUCUCUGAUCUCCCAAGUGAAAGAUUUGUUACCUGAUCUUGGAGAGGGCUUUGUCCUGGUCUGCCUGGAAGAAUACAACUAUGAUGUUGAACAGGUGAUCAACAACAUUCUCGAAGACAAACUAGUGGCAUCCCUGCAGAAGCUGGACCAUGCAAUGCCAAGGCCAUUGAAACAAGAUCCAACCCCUCUAGUCACUGCACGAUGCAAUAUUUUCCAGAAUGAUGAAUUUGAUAUUUUCAGCAAAGAUUCUGUGGACAUGUCCCGGAUACAGAAAGGCAAACGAAGUGACAAAGCCACAACCAAAGGUUUACUGAAUGACAAGAGCAUUGUGGCUGAACAGAGGGAGCGCUACAGUCAGUACUCUGUGAUAGUGGAGGAGGUCACAGAGCAGAGUGGAGAAGGCCUUUUCUACCAGGACGAUUAUGAGGAUGAAUAUGAUGAUACCUAUGAUGGCAACCAGGUGGGAGCAAAUGAUGCCGAUUCAGACGAUGAGCUGAUCAGUAGGAGGCCGUUUACCAUCCCUCAGGUGCUGAGGUCAAAAGAGCAGGGAGAGGAGGAGGAGGAAGAGGAAGAAGAGGUGGAAACAAAUGCAAAGGAAGCUACGAAGGACCACUUUGUGCAGGAUCCGGCAGUGCUGAGAGAGCGAGCUGAAGCCAGGCGGAUGACCUUCCUUGCACGGAAAGGGCAUAAGCCAGACAACUCAGCAGCUGUUGCUGGUGGCGCCAAAGGACAUGGCCAGAGCCGAGAGACAGUACAGGAGCGGAGGAAAAAAGAAGCCAACAAGGGGGCCAGGGCUAACCAUAACCGGCGAGCCAUGGCCGACAGAAAGCGUAACAAAGGCAUGAUCCCAUCCUGAAGAAUGGGAGAAGGGGGCCCUAUACCUAGUCACCUCAUAGUCGACAUGGAAGGCAUCAUACUCCCAAAUCCAGCACUUAUCCCCUAUGAAAGGGCUCCUGCCUAACAGUCUGACUCUGGUUACUGCCCGCGUAUGUAACACGUUUGAUCUCAUUACAUGGGAGAACUGCAACAGCUGCGUGUUGUGAUAUUUAUAAUGAUACUUUUAUUCCCACUCAAGGAACCUUGCUGUUCUUUCAGCUGACCUAUAAAUUCUCUUUCGGUACAGAUAAUGCAAGUGCCUUGUUCCACCAGGCCAAUUUGCAUUCAGUCCAGCAUUGUUUCCAGCAGUCGGAAGCUGGAUGCCUCCGGGGAGCUGCAUAAGCAGGGCGUGAAGGCAGUGGCCAGCCCCUGCUCUGACUUCACUAUCAGUCAUUCAGGGACAUCGCAGGCAGUGACUAGGGAGGCUCUCCAUAGGCUGCCACCACUCUGGUAUGGAUCUCCUUGGGAUGCCCAGAGCACCCACCUUGACCCCUUAUCCACUCUUGCCCAAUAGGGUAUACUUUAUAUGGGACUGGAUGAGGCAUGAGGACCCAGGCAGAAUAAUAGACGCUGUUUAAGAUAUCUAGUAACAACUGCAAUUCAAGUAACAUGUAAAAUAUUGAGAACAGUAAAGGUAGGUAAGCAAACAAAAUAAAACACCCUAACACCUCUGUCUAGACUGUUCCUAGCUGUCUCUUGGUGACUGGCUUCAAGCUGACUCCCCCCUUCCUGGAUGAGGGAUUCCUCCGUCUGCAGCAGCCUUUCCCCACCUCUGCUCCCUAGGAGUGAACCAUCUUCCACUUUGGGCAAGGCCUUUGAUCCCUUCUUCCCAGGCACCACCCUCUACUGGUGUAAGCUUUCCCUCCAGAUUCCCUGCUAACCAAUCACAGAGUCCAAAG